UGUGGGUGGGGGGUGACAUGCACGUGUGUGUGGAACUGGGUGCUGCACGCUCUCUCUCUCACACACACACACACACACACACACACAUGCAUUACACAGUCACACACCUCCUUCCUCUCUUUGCUGCUGAUGUUUUCUUAUUUUUAGCGCAGAUCGAGUUUCCAUUCCCCUCCCAGCCGGCCGGCGUCAGCUCUCCACGCAGCCUGGAGCGGUCCCGGAGCAUUGGCAGCCCGAACAAGGAGGUCCGAAAAGAUGCCACACGGAGAUGCAGUGUAUGCUGGAAAGUGCCAAGUCACUGUGACGUGACUGCGCUGGUGAUUUGAAGAAAGGAAAGCAGGUGCUGACUCGGCAGACAGACAAGGUGACCUGUUGUGGGCUGCCAGGAAAGAAGAAGAUAUUUAAUCUGUUAGAGGCUGCCCAGCAUCAAUAACAGCGCAUGCUGACUUGUGAAGUGAUGCUGCAGCAGGAGGAAGGUGUGUUUUACCUCUGAGCUUGCAAAGAUGAGCCUUCUAGCGCAAGCCUGACGUCUCGCUUGCGGAGGAGCUGUGAGGAAACAAUGCAAGAGGCAACACAAGACCGCCCACGUACCAAAAAAAAAGCAUGAUUGAGUGUCUUAGUCACUCUUAGCCGAGACGGUGGACAGCUGGACGUCCUGAAGAGGAGGACGAAGCCCUUUGUGAGCUAGGACUGAAGAAUUACUGCUUUAUUUUUUCAUGUGGGAAUGAAUGUAUGGACUUGAUGCGUUUCCAAGCAUUCCUUAAGGUCCCGAUCCGCCUUGACCAUCCGGCAGUCUAUUCCCGAGCAGAACUCUGAAAAUGACGAUGUCCUCUCCUGUGAGGCCAGAAGCCGUCACUCUGACUCAGCCCAUCCUCGUCCCGACGCUGACAGUCUUGCCCCCGUCCUCCGACACGGAGUCCUGGUCCCGCUCGCCGAGCCCGAGGCUGACCCGCUCCGGCCGGCACCCGCGCUCUCACCGCAGCAGGACUCGGACCAAGAAGCGAAACUCGGAAGACCGACCUCCGACGCGCAGGCGGACCGAAACGCCACAGAUUGUAAUCGAAGAGAGAAUCCGCAAGGGAACCGUCCCUCAUGGGAGUCUCUCACCUUCCAUGGCCGCCUCUGUGGCAGAUCAGGGUCGGUACAGCCCCUCGCAAGACCACCUCCUGCCUCCCUCCCAAUCCUGGUCUCGUAGCCCUUCUCCCAGCCGGCGCUCCCGCUGGUCCCUUAGGAGCCUGCUCGGCAGAGACUCUGACUGGGACAGCUGCAGCACCGCCAGUAAUUCUCCACGCAGCACGCCGGGCAGCUCACCCUCCCUGCGGCGCCGAGUGCUGGGGGGCAGUAGGGCCAGCGAGAGUGAGGGAGGUGGGGAGAAGAGCAGCAGCGGAGGAGGAGGCGGCGGGGGCUCGGACAGCCCCCUGCCGUCCGUACCGUCGGCAUCCUCCCUCACAUCGGCCUACCCGCUCGCUUCCAGACAUUUCAGGAGCAAUGCCAAGAAAAUGCAAAGCUGGUACAAUGUUCUCAGUCCCACGUACAAGCAGCGGAACGAGGACUUUCGUAAAAUCUUCAAGAAGCUCCCAGACACGGAGCGUCUCAUUGUGGACUACUCGUGUGCUCUGCAGAAGGACAUCCUGCUUCAGGGCCGCCUUUAUCUAUCCGAGAACUGGCUGUGUUUCUACAGCAACAUCUUCCGUUGGGAAACCACUAUCACUAUCCUGCUGAAAGACGUGACCUCUAUGACCAAGGAGAAGACUGCCAAGCUCAUUCCGAAUGCCAUCCAGAUCAGCACAGACAAUGAGAAGCACUUCUUCACAUCGUUUGGGGCGCGGGAUCGCAGCUUCAUGAUGAUCUUCCGCCUGUGGCAGAACGCACUGAUGGACAAGUCCUUGUCCCCCAAGGAGUUGUGGCACAUCGUGCACCAGUGUUACGGCACCGAGCUCGGCCUCACCAGUGAAGAUGACGACUACGUUUCCCCAACGGCCGAGCACAUGAACGGCCUUCUGCCAGGGGAAGAGUCCGUGUCUGUCACUGAUCUUCUAGACUUGAGCUCGGUGUCCGUUCCUUCUUCGGGCAGCUCCCCUCCGCCGCUGGUGCCCUGCAGUCAGGCCAGCUCCCCCUCUGCCACCGCCGCGGUCGGCUGUUCUCCCCCAACCUCGGCCUCCUGCUUGCCCAUAGAGGUACCCACGUCGUCGGGCCGCAGGCUAAGCUCGGAUCACAGCCCGCCCAGCUCCCAUGGCUCACUUCCGACCACAGCCGCCCCUGCCAAUGCCUCGGCUUCCUCUAACCUUGAGGAGGGCGGGGAGAGCUUGUCUGAAUUGGCCAACCACAUGCUGCCCUUGCCAAACACCAGCCUGGGGAACCUCUCGUCAUUGGACAUCACCAAUGAUGAGGACCUGCCCACGGACCCGAGCAACUCGUCUGACACGCAGGAAGAGAGUGAGGUGGAGUCGUUCUGUGCCAACCUGAACGGGCGGCUGCACAUCAACUCCGCCGUGCGAAUGAGUGUGGACAAGCUGCACGACCUGCUCUUCUCUGCCGACACACACUUCAUCCAGCACCUCUUCUCCCAGCGACACUUCACCGAACUGACGGUGGGCGAGUGGCAGCAGGAAGCCAGCAGCGGUAACACCAACCGUGUGCUCAGCUACACCAUCGCCCUCAACAACCCCCUCGGCCCCAAGACCGCCCCUGUGGUAGAGACACAGACACUACACAAAAGCAGCGCUCAGGGUGAGUGCUAUGUGGUGGACUCGGAGGUCAUCACCUCGGGCAUCCCGUACCAGGACUACUUCUACACCGUGCACAGAUACUGCCUCACCGCCAUCAGCAAGCACAAGAGCAGGCUCAGAGUGUCCUCAGACAUCUGCUACAGGAAGCAGCCGUGGAGUUUGGUCAAAGCGGUGAUUGAGAAGAACACGUGGAGCGGCAUUGAGGAGUACUACCGGCACAUGGAGAGCGAGGUACGCAAGCUGGAGACGCUGCUGCAGUCCGAGGUUUCCGUGGUCACCACCGGCAACACCACGAGCGCCGCCGACACCGCCAAGACCCCGCCGACCCUGCGCCGACGCAAACGAACUUGCUCUCGCCGGCAGGGGGAGCGAGAGAGGGACGGAGGCGGCCUGGGCGCCGCUGACCGAGGGGACCGAGGAGUUGGAGAGGACCGCGACCGCAGAGAAGCCGGUGCUCAGUAUAUGAAGCUGGGAGAGCGUGCACGUGGUGGAGCACAGAGCAGUAUAUCCACUAUCCUACUCAUCGUCAGCUUCAUUCUGGUAGUUCUGGUGGCGCUCAACAUGCUGCUCUUUUACAAGCUCUACGCUCUGGAGCGAGCGGCCCACACACUGGAGACCUGGCACUCCUACUCACUAACGGACAGUCCUCUGCCGCAGACGGCGGGAGAGUGGGCUCAGGUGCUGCAGCUGCAGAGGCAGUUCCACCAGGCGCAGCUCAGCAAGUGGCAGCAGAUUCUGCAGUCGUCCGUGGCUCUUCUUGACCAGAUGAAGCAGUCGCUUGAGAAACUGCACCAAGGCAUCGCAGUCCCGGGAGUCCACCAGGACCAGCCUGACCCUGACCCUUUUGCAGAGACACCGACGGACGGUUGAGCCCCUCCCCCCAUCCCACUGCGGUACAGUCACGCCCACUCCGCACCCCUCCCCCCACCUGCGAUGGACAGAAGAAUUAGAAAAGGUUUCCAGGGAACAAGACUACGUUACCCACAAGCACCCUCACCUGUUUGACUUGAAACCACGCCCCCAAGUGGUCAAUCAGCAAUAAUCUGGAAGGUGGGGGGCCACAGGGCGGCCCGCCCACCAUCCAAGCAAGAACACACAUCACGGAUAUACUUUUUUUUUUUUUUUUUUUACUGAUCCGCAGCAUUUCAGAAGACCCGU